AUGGGCAAGGCUGCAAAGAAAAAGUACUCCGGGGCAACGUCAUCGAAGCAAGUUUCUGCAGAGAAACAUCUAAGUUCUGUAUUCAAAUUCAACACUGAUCUUGGCCAGCAUAUUUUGAAGAACCCUUUGGUAGCACAGGGGAUUGUUGAUAAAGCACAGAUCAGGCCCUCAGAUGUUGUUUUAGAAGUCGGUCCUGGUACAGGUAACCUAACAGUGAGAAUUCUCGAACAAGCGAAAAGCGUAGUGGCCGUAGAAAUGGAUCCUAGAAUGGCAGCAGAAUUAACCAAGAGAGUACGUGGCACCCAGGUGGAGAAGAAAUUAGAAAUUAUGCUGGGAGAUUUUAUGAAGACUGAAUUACCGUACUUCGAUAUCUGUAUCAGUAACACACCCUACCAGAUUUCAUCACCCUUGGUUUUCAAGUUAAUCAACCAGCCAAGACCGCCAAGAGUGUCCAUUCUUAUGUUCCAAAGAGAGUUCGCUUUAAGACUAUUGGCGAGACCAGGCGACUCCUUGUAUUGUAGGUUGUCCGCCAAUGUACAGAUGUGGGCUAAUGUUACGCAUAUCAUGAAAGUGGGGAAGAACAACUUCAGACCACCACCGCAAGUGGAGUCCAGCGUUGUCAGACUGGAGAUCAAAAACCCAAGGCCGCAAGUGGAUUACAAUGAAUGGGACGGCUUAUUAAGAAUCGUAUUUGUAAGGAAAAACAGAACAAUUUCAGCCGGUUUCAAAUCCACCACUGUGAUGGACAUCCUAGAGAAAAACUAUAAAACAUUCCUAGCUAUGAACAAUGAAAUGGUCGACGAUACAAAGGGCUCCAUGCACGAUCUCAUCAAGGAGAAGAUUUCCACCGUGCUGAAGGAGACCGACCUAGGUGAUAAAAGAGCCGGUAAAUGUGACCAAAACGAUUUUCUAAGACUGUUAUAUGCUUUCCACCAAGUCGGCAUACACUUUUCAUGA